ACAAAAUAUAGCAAAAGGAGAUAAACGCAGGCUGCAAGUCGGCGCGGCAAUUUCGGCGGCGUCCUCUCCAUCCAUCUCCCUCGCCCUCCCCCGCCGCCUCAACACGGCGCCAUCCUCAUCACGAACCAACCAAACAAACAAAAGGCGGACCCAACUCCCCCUCCUCCACCUUCCCCGGAGCGCAAAUCUCCCCUCCCAAUCCCCACCCCCGUCGGUAGCCGAUCGCGUCGACGAUGCUGGGCGCCGCGAGGAGAUCCGGAUGCGUGCUGGGGCAACUGAUGCAGACCCUCCGCCCGGCGGCGUCGGCGGCCACGGCGGCGAGGAGCUACUCCGCGACCCCGAAGGAGAUGACUGUGCGUGAAGCAUUGAAUUCCGCCCUUGACGAGGAGAUGUCUGCCGACCCUUCUGUUUUCUUAAUGGGAGAAGAGGUUGGAGAGUACCAAGGUGCGUACAAGAUAACAAAGGGUUUGCUGGACAAGUAUGGUCCUGAUAGGGUUCUCGAUACACCAAUCACAGAGGCUGGUUUUACUGGCAUUGGCGUUGGUGCUGCCUACCAAGGUCUUAGACCUGUAGUAGAGUUCAUGACAUUUAACUUCUCGAUGCAGGCAAUUGAUCACAUCAUCAAUUCAGCUGCCAAAUCAAACUACAUGUCAGCUGGUCAGAUAUCCGUUCCUAUUGUUUUUCGAGGACCAAAUGGGGCAGCUGCUGGAGUUGGUGCUCAACACUCGCAGUGCUAUGCAGCAUGGUAUGCCCAUGUUCCAGGAUUGAAGGUCCUAACUCCUUAUUCUGCAGAAGAUGCUCGUGGCUUGCUAAAAGCAGCAAUCAGGGAUCCAGACCCUGUAGUUUUCCUGGAAAAUGAACUACUCUAUGGUGAAUCGUUUCCUAUUAAGGCUGAAGUACUUGAUUCUAGCUUCAGUGUCCCAAUCGGCAAAGCUAAGAUAGAACGGGAAGGAAAAGAUGUUACAAUUACUGCAUUCUCUAAGAUGGUUGGGUAUGCUCUUCAGGCGGCAGAGAUACUGUCCAAGGAGGGAAUCAGUGCUGAGGUGAUCAACCUUCGGUCAAUUAGACCAUUGGAUAGAGCUGCUAUCAAUGCAUCCGUUAGGAAAACCAACAGAUUGGUAACCGUCGAAGAAGGCUUUCCACAACAUGGUGUUGGUGCUGAAAUAUGCAUGUCCGUAGUGGAGGACAGCUUUGAGUAUCUUGAUGCACCAGUUGAGAGGAUUGCCGGAGCUGAUGUACCUAUGCCCUAUGCGGCAAACCUUGAAAGAUUGGCAGUUCCACAGGUUGAGGACAUCGUCCGUGCUGCAAAGCGAGCUUGCUACAGAUCAUCAUGAAUGGCGGCAACCGCCUAAGCACAAAUGCACGUUUUGUUUAUCGGCCUUCUUCUUUGUUCCUUGUCCAGAAAAGAUGUACUGAAUCGCAUAAUUGUAUCCCCCAACUCUUGUGAGCUAAUUUUGUAGAUCUGCAUGCAUUGUUGAUUCCAAUCUGUCGGCGGCAGUCGGAUGACUGCAUUCAGUUCAUGGUUCAUCCUGAGGCGUUUGAAUCGUGCAACUUCUGGAGGUUUACAUCACUGAGGGAUGUCUCAAUAACAUGUAUGUAACUGAAUUACAGACGUUCACAUGAUUUUGCUGUGGCUUAGGCCGAUCUGUAAGUGUGAUCAAUAUCGCGGAGAAAACUGGAACAUUGAAAUGCUUCCCUUAGCGUUUGUUUGUUAA